AUGCUUUUGAUUUGGGCCACCUUCGUCACCAUUUUUGGUCUGACUAAAGCGCUCGUCCUUCCCAGAGACGCCACUGCCAAUGUCAAUGUCAGCGGAAGGAAUUGGCAGUCAGCGGUUCAAAACAUCAAUGGCAUGAACUCGAUCCUCACGCUCCUCCCGGUGCUGACGGGCAAAGUCCAAAACAUCAAGCUGAUCGCCAGUCGCAGCUUCCCUGCGUCGCUUGUGGUGGCCGGCAUCGGCGCCGGGCGAGUGCUGUCCAAGCUGCAGAUGGGCAUUCUCCUGUGGAGUUUCGAGCUCUACCGUAACACGGUGGCCGAGUUGUCCUAUCCGCACGAUGAGUACGUGAACAGAUACAUGCCCAAGCUGCGGCAUGUCCCCUCGGGUACGGCGGAACGGCACACGACGUCCCUAAUCGUCAAUCACAACCUGGCAGAGGCGUACAUGGUCGAAGCGUGGUUCCAGGCGCGAGGGUGCCCGUCCACUCUCCGACUGAAGCAGAACAAUUAUACCAAGCUGUUAGUGGGGUCCGUCAUCUACCUCGCAUUCUACAGUGCCGAAACAUUUCUGGCUGUCCAGAACGGCGCAGACGGCACCCGUCGCCUGCUGACCGUCGUGCAGGCCGUCUGUGUCUGCCUGUGGCUCGGGGCCGUCAUCAUGGUCCAAGUCACCCGUGGCCAGGGCAAGGCUGAUGUCCAGCUCAACCGCACGGGAUCUCCUGAAUACCGGUGCCUCCAGAUGCCUGCGGCCGGGAACUAUGUCACCUGCGAGGUCCUCAGUUUUCAUCUCAAUAACCUCAGCGGGUUCCAGCUGUACGGGGCAAAGUACGAGCAGCCGGUCUUGAGGGCUGCCGGUGGCAUGAUCCUCAUCAGCGGCGUCCUGGACGUGGUUUCGACCGUCCUGAUUGUCGGCCUGACCGCCUGGGCAUACCCGUGGAUCGGGAUCGAGGUCGUCAUCAUCCUCACCAAGGUCAUCUUUUGCCUCGAACCAGCCCGAGAAAUCGAGAUUGCAAGCGUCUCCGCCGACACCGGCGGCCCGAACCAAACCGGGCCCGAUCUCCUACCCCUCAAGGUCGAGCUCGGGGAUAGUCUGGUUUGUCGACGGGUCACGACCGACCACAACAUUGUUCACGACCCCCGCGCCAGCCUGGACUGGCGCUCGACCACGGCUGGGCUGUGGAUCGGACAGGCGUACGUCGCAGAGGCCGGAUCCGGCAAUGUUUCCACCAGAUACCUAGCCAUCGAUCACGAACAGAAACUCACCUUGCUCGCCGGGGAGCCCGAGAAGCAGAACAACCAAGCGCUGCAACGCGAGUUUCUGGCCGCGCUGGCGACCGUGGUUGAGGCGAACGCGGUGCCCAGCAACAUGUUCAUCGCGGCCGUCGAGCGGACUCUGGACAACGUCAAGAGUACCAUGGCCACCAACUGGUUUGCAUUCGGCUCCAAGGACGUGGUGGACAAGAUCGGCAAGGCUCGACGAGAUCAAAUAUGGAGGCGCUAUCUCUGA